AAACCACAAGCGGUGUCACCACUUUGCGACUAUGCCUACGAAAAUUCCCAAGAGGUCCAAGUGCUUCCCCGGCACCAGGAGCACAAGAGCCAAAGAUAAAGAAACCCGUAGGGCCAGGAAAAUCCGCUUGAGAAUGGGGAAAGCCGAAAAGCCAGAGACUAGAGACAUUGGUACUCAAACCGAACCGCGCAAAAGUAUGUAUGAAUCAAGACCUAAACGAUACCACUUUCCCCCCGUUGUUCGCCUAUUCAGCGAAUUUGUGACAUGAAAGAAACGGAGAAAAAAGUCAUUAAUAUUAUGAGAAACUGCAGGGGUUCUGAUCAAAGACCUCGUCAAUCGGCUUCUCCAGAGACGUCGUGACGAGCGGCGAGCGCGCAAACAUCGGGCCCGCCUCGCAUACAGAGAAAAGUUUGUCGAACUGCGGAUGAAGGUCAAAGCUCGUGACCGCAUGGCUAGAAGAGCAGCGCAGAAAGCAAGACCUGCAGCUACUCUCAAAAACCCCCUUGAGAAAGUCUAUGACGCCCAAGUUAGCACUGGAGUCGGCAUCGAGGCCGCUGCGAACUCUGGUGCUAAAGGCGGGGGGUCCGUGGAGCAUCUAGAAGCGCAAGCGGCAGCCGAACCCCAUGUGGGCGACGCCGAGGCAGCCGCGGCCUCCGGAGGUGGAGACGGAGAGGCCACGGAACUUCCAGAAGCCCAGGCGAUAGCUGAAUCCCAAGCAGGCGACACCGACUCCGACGAGCAUUACUCUUCCGACUUUGCUCAAAUAUCGGUGGAAGACCUUCUAGAGGACAGUAGGUACUCUCUACUCUUCAGUGAAAACGUACAGCACGGGGUCUAUAAUGUUUUUCCUACUGAAUUGGAUCAUGAUACGGUAGUUCCCGACCCGGGUUUGUAA